AUGAUGGAUGGUGUAGAAUUUGGAUAUCACCCAAAAUAUGGUCUUGCCUUAUUUGCAACUCGUGAUUUCCAAAAAGGAGAAAUCCUCUUAUCUGAAAAACCUCUUAUAAUUUCUCGAGCCCUAACCUCUAAACGUGAUAAAGCCUUCGCUUAUACUUAUAACCUUGAUUUAGAUGUCUUCUCAACCUUCAAAGCAUUCUUUGACUCUUCAACAGAAAUACAAAAUAUCAUUUUAAAUAAUUUUUAUCUUCCAUCAACUCAAGAAUCAAUGAAUGUCGCUUGGUCGCAAGUUGGUUCUACCAGUGUGGAUAGAAUAAUUGAUGUCUGCCAAAAGCACGUUCAAGCGUGGUCGAAUGUUAAUCGCGACAUAUUUAAGAAAGUAUUUUUGGUUUUUACCUUCAAUUCACAUGCUUUUGGAUCGGAUAAUUCACCUGCUAUUUUUGCAAUUGGAAGUAAGAUGAAUCAUUCAUGUGAAGAAAAUACAUUUUAUCAGUCUAUUGAUAAUCAAGUUGGUAUUCAUACAGUUGCUAGAGAAAUUCGGAAAGGUGAUCAAAUAACCACCAAUUACCUUGGGAAGGAUACGAUUUUCUCAACUGACACAAGGCAAAAAAUCCUUCAAAGAACGAAACUAUUUCAAUGUGAUUGCCCACGGUGCACGGAAAAACUGGAUAUAUCACGCGGACUUCCUUAUCCAAAUAAUUGCCCAAUGGGUGGAUAUAUUUAUUGGCAUCCAAUUCCUACUCCAAAUGAUAGACAAAGUCAUUGGAUUUGUGACACAUGUAAUUUCAGAAUUGAUAACAAAAAUCCUUACCUUAAAGAAUUAUUAGUCAAGGAAAAAGACAUAGAGCAACAAAUAAUCGUUCUUAAUGAGAGACUAAGCAACAGCGACAUUAGUUUCGUGAAUAAAUCACAAUUACUAGACUUACAUAAUGCUUGCUUAGGCCAACUUGGGUCACGUCAUUGGACGUACAUUCUAGUUCUCAAAAUGUUGAUACUUUUUGACGCCACCCAAUUAUCAAAUGAAAAAUAUCAUAAUAAAAUAUCUAUGAUUAAAAAUUUUGACCAUGUAUUGAAUUGGUAUGAGAAAGGCGGAUUUGAUAUUCCAAGAUAUUUAAGUUCAUUUAUAUUGCACGUUGCAAACGUCCUUUUUUACAUUGAGGAUUAUUAUAAUAGUUUGCGCUUUCUUGAAAAAGUUUUCAAGGAUUUUCCUUAUGAUAAAACGUUUUCACAUGAAUACAAAGAAGCUAUUGAUUUAAUGGAGAGGUGCCACAAGGCAUUGGAUGAAUCUGUUUCAUGCCAAGAAAAUAAAUUACUUAUGGAACAAAGUUGUCAAUUGCUUAAAACUGAAUUAUAA